AUGGGAAACUCGCCUGUGGUCGUUGCACUCUUCCUCGUCCUCCUCUGUCCUGGGCCAGCCGUCGAAGCUCAAACGGACUUCAUCGAUGAAACUAGUUUCUCUUUCGUAAAUCUGUCUGGAAGUGCAACAGUGAUCCCCGAUGUAGGUAUCCGCCUCACCGAUCAGGCAGAAUUCAUCAAGGGCAGAGCUUUAUAUUCAGAACCUGUGCGUAUGAAAGAUGGCGGGUCCGUGGAUGAAACAUUUUCAUUCAGCACUACCUUUGUAUUCUGCAUACUCCCUCCUUCAGAUCUUUCAAUGGCCGGAGAUGGAUUGGCCUUUAUCAUAACGCCUCGGGCAUCGCAAGACAAAGCUGCAACCGGUCAACACCUUGGUCUGUUCGACAAGUUUACGAGCAUGGGACAGUCUUCCAAUCAUCUGUUUGCAGUAGAGUUUGACAUAGUAAAGAACGAAGAAUUCAAUGACAUUAAUGGCAAUCAUGUGGGGGUAGAUCUCAACUCUUUAAUCUCCAUAGAGUCUAAGUCUGCAGGUUAUUGGAUUGGCAAUCAGUUUUUAGAGCUGGAUCUCAAGAGUGGACAGAAUAUACAAGCUUGGAUUGACUAUGAUCAUCUUCAAAAGGAGCUCAAUGUAAGUGUAGCCCCUGCUGGUUCUCUUCGCCCAGAAAUUCCCCUGAUAUCUAUGGAGAAUCUGAGUUUGUCCAGCAUUCUUGAAGAAGAAAUGUAUGUUAGUUUCUCAGCAUCAACAGGAUAG